CUUGUAAACUUAUAAAGGGUUUGGUGAUUAAGGACUUGAAGAGGAAAGGGUAGGUUAGGUGAUUUUUUUGCUUUCAAACACUAUUUCUUUACAUUAUUUUGUUUCUUUUGGAAAAUCAUAUUUUCUUGGUCUUUGGUCUUUUUGUUUUCGAACUCUUUAUAGACAGGAUAUCUCUCUUUGAUAGUUUUUUAUCUAGAGUCUUUUUUUUUUUUGAAGUUUUCACAUUUUUCUUUUUGGUUUGAUGGAGGAGAGAUAUGAGCCAGUGAAGGAGCUUGGGUCGGGGAAUUUUGGAGUGGCAAGGCUGGUGAAAGACAAGAAGACAAAGAAGCUUGUUGCGGUCAAAUAUAUUGAAAGAGGAAAGAAGAUUGAUGAAAAUGUACGGAGGGAAAUCAUUAACCACCAAUCUUUAAGGCACCCAAACAUAAUCAGGUUCAAAGAGGUUUUGUUGACUCCAACACAUUUAGCUAUUGUCAUGGAGUAUGCUGCUGGUGGUGAACUCUUUGAGAGAAUAUGCAGUGCAGGUCGAUUUAGUGAAGAUGAAGCAAGAUUUUUCUUCCAGCAGCUAAUAUCAGGAGUCAGCUACUGUCAUUCCAUGCAAAUUUGUCACAGAGAUCUCAAACUAGAAAACACACUUCUGGAUGGAAGUCCGACACCACGUCUUAAAAUAUGUGACUUUGGUUACUCCAAGUCUGCUGUGUUGCAUUCACAACCAAAAUCAACUGUUGGAACACCAGCUUAUAUUGCCCCGGAAGUCCUAUCACGAAAGGAAUAUGAUGGAAAGAUUGCAGAUGUUUGGUCCUGUGGUGUGACAUUAUACGUGAUGUUGGUUGGAGCAUACCCCUUUGAGGAUCCUGAAGACCCUAGAAAUUUCCGUAAGACCAUUGGUAGAAUAAUGAGUGUCCAAUACUCUAUACCCGACUAUGUGCGGGUGUCUGCAGAUUGCAGACGCCUUCUUUCUCAUAUUUUUGUUGCCAAUCCCGCCAAGAGGAUUACCAUCUCAGAGAUCAAGCAGCAUCCUUGGUUCCUCAAAAAUUUACCAAAAGAACUGGUUGAAAUUGAAAAAACAAACUAUGCAGAAUCAGAACGUGACCGACCAUCUCAAAGCGUUGAAGAAAUAAUGCGUAUCAUACAAGAGGCUAAGACAUUGGCCGAAGGAGCCAAAGUUGGUGAACAAGCUGCUGCUGGUUCAUCAGACCUUGAUGAUGUUGAGGCAGAUUUAGAAUCUGAAAUUGAUGUCAGUUGUGACUUUGAUGCCCCAAUGUAAACAUGGCCUUUGUAACUGCUUCAAGAAGAUUUGUGUCUCUAGGCUCCUAGUGUGUUUUAGGAUUAUAGCUUUGAUAUGCUUUUAUCAUACUGGAUAUGCUGUAUAGCAAGACUUACACUGGAGUGUGUUUCCUUACAGGCAGCAACGAACUCGUAGUGUUUUUAACGAUUACAGCUUUGAUAUGCCUUUUUCAUACAGGAAACGUUGUACAGCAAGACCUACACUGGAGUGUGCUGCCUUACAGGCAACAAUGAACAUUUGUGUGUAUAAUAUGGACAAACGGUGUCUCAUAAAUCUUAUGUUAUUUUCUACUGCUAUGAACACUAUCAGUUUUACAGUUUAUAUUUUGUAAUCAAGGUGUAAUUUGGCACGUUCUGCUGAAUGCUUGACUCAUAUGUUAUUCCCUUGUUCUCCCGAGGUUAGCCUUUGCUAGUUACUUUUAAUGCCCCUUAUCAGUUAGGCUGUUAGAGUUAUUAAUAAAUUUUUAUGCAUAAGAAA